AUGCCGCCUCGCCCUCAUGAUCCCUUCAACGACGCACCGCGGCGUCCCACUUCACGCGCAACAAGCCGCUUGCACGACACUUACAGCUCCGGCGGCCACUCCUUGCGGGCUAAUACGGCCGCGCGCAGCCUCUUUGCCCCAGCACUGUCAAGACGUCCCACUACGAGCGGCCCCUCUUCAACGCAUCUGAAUGAAUUAGUCCUUGAGGACUCGGAUGAUGCGGGAGACAGGAUGAGCAGACGUGCUGCUGCUGCUAGUAGGGCAACCCGGACCAGACGAGCCAGAGCAGCUACUGAAACGACCAUCGAACCUGACGAAGAGAACCAGCCUGAACCUCUUCGGNNAGACAUGGUAGUCAGAGACGAACGGGGCAAUUAUCUACACGAGGUACCUGCUCUGGGAGAGCAUACGAAUAGCGCAGAGGAUGAAGGUAUGACAGUCGAUUUGGUCUUCGAUCCGACUUCUACUAAUGCCCANGAAGACCUCGAAGAACAACGACGUUUAACAGCUCUUGUGCAAGAGUAUUGGGCAUCUGGGGCUGCCGCUGGCGGUGGUAGGAACAGCAAGAGGUGGGAUGAGCAUGAAGUCAUGACUCGACUACGGGACUCUGUGGGCAAGGCACUCAUCAACGAGCAGUGGAGGUAUGAGCCCAGCGACUACAUGAAGGCAUUAUUGGUCGAGAACCAUGGACGUGUCUAA